AUGAAGGUCUCCAUCUCCCUCACUACCCUUGCACUCGCUCUAUCAGCAUCCGCUGCACCUGGAACACUCAAGGAGAGAGACGAGGUCUACACUCCGGACCGCUGCAAGGAGGGGAGUUCUACGGCGGGUUACAUGAGGGAUAAGUUCCAUCCGUGGAUCGGGCAGCUCGUCAAGCCCUGUACUAGCCCGACGGACGGAAAGAACAUCUGGUCGAGCAGGACCUGCGUAACCGCCGCUAUCGCGAUGGGCCCUGCUGUCCUCACGGACUUCGCUGUCUGUGACAAGCCCGAUACUCUCGAGGAGACUGAGCAGCCCACUCUCGACUACAGUGUCUACGCGAGCAUCGUCGGCGAUUGCGCCUACGAUGCCAAGGCAUGCCCCAUCACUCGACAGAACCUCCUCGACCUCAUCUACAGCGAAUUGGACAAAGCUAGUGCGACUAUCUGGCCCGCUGAUGCUUCUGAGGUCGUCACGGACGUUAUUGGCCCUGUCAUGGAAUGGGCGACUGGCGACUGGUCGGGCACCGCCAGUUAUACGCGUUUCAACCAGUGGCUGCAUGUCUCGCCUUACCCGAGUAUCAUCGGGGACGACGAGCAUACUAGCGGCAAGACCUACUAUUACAACCACGAGAGCGACCACAACUAG